CGCAAACACCUACCCUAUUACUCACAUGUCCCGGAAUCUAGUAUGUGAUCACUAUGAUAUACCCACAUCUACUCGUCCGACAGCAUGACCAGCUCCAAAUGGAUAUCCAUGGCUGCCUAUGUAUGGACACUAACCAACUCCUCACUCACUUUCACUUCCUCGCGGGCUUUCACUUGGCGCGCACAACCUCUUCAUGUGCUAUCUUUCUCACUUUACAUCUAACACUGCUUCCCUUCAACCGUCACAAUGUCUUCACGCCUGCGUUACAUCUGGAACAUGUCUUCUACUCAACCACCCGACGUUAAAGUCACCCAGGCUUUCACAGGACUUGAAUGCCUGCCCACCGAACUGAUCGAGCAGAUCGCGUCGGAGCUGAUGACAAAGUAUGAGGGCUGCGAAACGGAUAGGCAAUUCCUGCAAGAGUCUUCCGCUGUCGUUUGUACAGAUCUUCUCGCCUUCCGACUCACAUCCCGAACAAUCCACGCCAAAACCCAGCACAGCUUCAGCCAAUGCUUCCAAACCCACGUCGUCGUGUUCAAUACCCCAGGAUGCUUGAAAUUGCUUCAUGUAGCGAAUAAUGCAAUGCUUCGUCCUGUGGUACGGCAUCUCAUCUUCAUCGCUUCCGGAACGAAGGAAAAGACACUUGAAAUCGUAGCAAAAGCGCCAAAACUGCUCUAUGAAUAUCCCAUCGAUACCGCAAUUCUAAUCGUUGCGAUGAAGAAAUUGGAUAUCAGGUCGAUUUGGAUUACGCCCAAACUCGGAUCUACAAAACUUAUAGGCCUAAAGGACAUCUUGACUGCCACCUCCAAUCUCACACGCCUAGUCCUAAGCCUCGACAAAGCAUCCGCAGACCACAUAUGGCGCCAUCAGUCGCUGCGCGGCUCUGCUGAGCCUGCCCGUCGCUUAUGGCGAGUGCUUGCCAGCCUUCACUUCUGGAAGUUGGAGUACUUACGUCUAUCAGGCUGGUUCAUGUCACCUAAGCUGUUGGAGGACUUUCUUGUCAAGCACGCGCAGACACUCACGUCACUUCAUCUGGACAGAUGUUUUCUCUCUGGCGCAUGGGUACCAGUGCUCGCUAGGCUCCAGGCCUCGCCGACACUGAGGACAAUGCAGCUCUCUCAGAUCAGUCAGAACUGGUGGCGCGUUGUGUUUCCGAGGACGAGUAUACCGCAAUGUUAUGCGAGCGAUUUCGAGAAAGGGUGGCAGAUUGUAUCGAAAGGUUAUGGACCAGAGGUGUUGAUUGAGCCGUGGCAGGACUGGGCUACGCGGCUGCAUGAGAUCCUUGUGGAUCUGAGGACCACAAAUACAAGAGCUAAUCCAGCCGCACCUGAUGCGCUUCGGUGGUUCUAUUGA